GAAUUGUCCUUUCCCGCUUGCCGUAGCAUGAAAGACGUCAGGGGUCAAAGUUGAUAACGUAGCAAAAACACAAACAGCAUGGAGACGGAGCAAAGAAGAAGGAGCGAUGGCUCGGCCAAAACCCAGAAAAAGGGUGGGAAAAGAAGCAAAGCACUGUCUGCUGAAGAAGAAGCUAGAAGGAGAGAGGUGGUGAAGGAGACGUUGAGGGAGAAGUUUGAGUUAGAGAAAAGAGCUCUGAAGGUGGUCGACCGUCUCCUGGAGGACAGAGUGGCUGAAAACGUCCUGAUUGACUGUGCAAGACUCAUCGCUCCUGCUAAUUACAAAGAUGCCGUGGAGGAAAGAUCCAUCGCUAAACUAUGUGGCUAUCCCAUCUGUUCAAAUAAACUGGGCAAGAUCCCAACUCAACAGUUUAAAAUUUCCACGAAGACCAACAAGGUUUACGACAUCACUGAGCGCAAGUGUUUUUGUAGUAACUUCUGCUACAAAGCAUCCAAACAGUUUGAGCUACAAAUAUCAAAAACACCUCUUUGGCUCCGGCUGCAUGAGAGCCCUUCAGAAAUUAAAUUGAUGAAGAAAGGAGAUGGUGGGAGUUCUGGUGAGGAGGUGAUGCUGAUGGAAAAGCGACUCCAAGAAGGAGACAUUGAGAACCCGCUAGCUGCUGAGCCUAAAGGCCCCUGCGCCUCUCAGCAGCAUCCUGAUGCAGCCAGCCUAAACCACAGCGAUGGGAGCGACAUAGAGCAGGAGCAGGACUUUGUCUCCAGUGUUCUUCCUCAGCGGCAGGGACCCAGGGUGCACUGGGGCGACACGCCCAAACGUACAGAUGCAGAUGGAGAAGAAGAAGAAAAGGAAAGAAGAAGGAAGACUGAGAGGCAGAAGAAACAAGGGAGAGAGGAGAACAAAGAACAGAUUGACAGGCAUGAUGCAAAGAAGGAGGGAGGGAUGAGGAACGCUGAGAGUGGAAAGAAGUCGCAUCCAAGUGAAACAGAAGUUGACCUUGAAAAAUCAAAGCAGCUGCUCUCAUCAAAUAUAGACAUAACUAAUGUAGAGCAGGUUACAGAGGACAGCUUGCAAGAGGAAUUUAAAGUGGAGGAGGCUACAAAGAAGCUGGAUGUGUGCAGUUUAUCUGAGACAGUCCCUCACACUGCUCCCCUGUCUGUUCACUCACUCGCCACACAAGCAGAAAACUCACAGCUGAUCGACUCUGCAGAAAGUAAAGAAAGUGAAGACCUGUCAACAGAGAGCAAACAUUCCCCUUCAUUAACUCCAGACAGCCAGAACACUGCGCUGACAGACCAGCCAGGCCUCAACAUCACCCAGGUGGGUAUGAGUAAGAGAGGGGCGGCAGGCUUAAGAGAUCUGCUCAAGAACCAUACAGCCGGAGCUGAACCUGCAUCCAUCAGGCUCAACCUUCUCGAGUGCCUGAGAAGAACUUUAAAGGAUUGGAGCACGGACGAGACCCUGGAGUUUCUGUACGGAGCUGAUCACUCACUGAGCGCUCCUUUUGCUGAUGACAAAGAGGAUGAUGAAGAAAAGGAGGAGCUGGAUGAAGAUGAUCUUGAUGAUGUGGUGACCAAUGAGGAUGCAGGAGAGGUGCAGCAGAGACCUUGUGCUGCAGCUCCAGACUAUGAGACACUGCGAAAAGAAAGUGAGCAGUUAGGGCUGAGAGUCAAAGAGUUUUACAAAGGGACCUGGAUCCUGCCUGAGGAGGGGAAAGAGCCCGAUGACAAAAAGGUGACUGCUCAGGACCUGAACAGAAAGGAUCCAGCUCUGCCGCUUGUCGACUCUCAGGCUCAGAACCUCAUCCAGAAACGAAUCGCUGUGGAGAAGCUCAACAGCUGUCUCAAAAACAUCGUUGGUCCGCUGCGUCUCACCAUGAGUGAUGUCUCCGCUGACCUGAACAACCUAAUCAGAACAUUUAGGUUCACCAACACAAACAUCAUCCAUAAGUCUCCAGAGUGGACCCUCAUUGCUGUUGUUCUCCUCCAUUUGUUGUCUGAGGUGUCUCCGUUGGUGCGUGAGGCCUUGGAGAUGCCGGCGUCAACGGUUUAUCUGAAUACACUACUGGAGGAGCUCGGCCUACAGCAGCAGGACCUUCUGAACUUAGUGCAGAUGUUUAAAAUUCCUGCACACUGACACACACAGACAGAAACACACACUGGAAGACUUGGACAUUUAAAUAUCAAACACACACUAAAGAACUCUGUGUGACCUGAAUAAAGUGUGGGUAUAUUUGUUUUCCACAAAUAAAAUUGGCUAUGAUAACUUUUAAUACAUAA